CAACGACAAAAGAAUUCUUGUUAAAAGUAGGAAAGUAGACUAAAAAUACACCCGAUGUGAACAAUUCCACAUUUCCCUAACUACGUAUGCUAAGUUCCAGCUUGUAUUGCUGCGUGUAACACUGUUGCUAUAGAAACUGGUAAAUGAUACCUGGGCUAUUGCUAGGUAACCGCCCGCAACAGUAGAAAAACUGUUACGAGUCGAUUUUCUGUUUUGUCCGUCCAAAGGAAUAUAACCAGGGCUCCACUGCAUUUGAUAUUACUCGAACUGGGAGAACCUUCAGCGUUAAAAUCCAUUACAGGUCUUUCUGGUUUGGAAAUGGAACGUGUUACGCAGAACAUUCGAGCUUGUGUUCCGGCCGAAACAGAAGGUGACAACUGCUGUUCUCAUGACGAACUCCGAGAGAGCACAAAACAGGCCCGAGACUCGUCCAUCAGCGGCUGCUUCGGGUGGGUCCAAAAAUGGAUACUAUGCAACCAAAAUGACUUGGAUAGUGAUGAAGAUCCUUAUGAGAGGAAAUGCCCAGACAACACGGGAGAGGGCACAGAAGACUCCCGAGACUCGUCCACCUGCGGGUGCUUCGAGAGCAUCCGAAGAUGGGUAUGUGAGAAGUUUUCCAGGUGCCUCGCAAAAAAACAAGAGACCAUGACAGCACAGCGACCUGUGACGGCGACAACCCAGCGCCCU